UGCCUCAACUUGUUGUCUGCAAUGGUGACACAAGGACCAGACUGUGCCAGGGAUGUGUUCAGCCAUAUUGAUUUCAACAACAAGUACCUACCAGGAUUGCUAAAGAAAAGGGACAAACAGGGAAGACCGGACGUCAGGAUGGCAUAUAUACAGUUUGCUCUCUCCUUCCUAAUUUCUGGAGAUAAUACUACCAUUGUUCAAAUUCUGGAGCUCAAAGGUUUUUUUUACUGAGAUUUUCUUCACUGGGAUAAAGGAAGAUAGAAUAUCUACCAUAAACCUCCUGUUAUCCUUGCUGCAAACCAAG